AUGCUACCAUUUGCUAAACCUUACCCACCCGAGCAGAAGCACGGCUUCUGGGGUAUUCCCACUUCCACAAUUGACUGGUGCGAGGAGAAUUAUGUGGUAUCUCCUUAUGUCGCAGAAGCCCUUAAUACGGUGACAAAUGCUGGAUUCAUUGCGCUCGCCACAUACGCCAUUGUCAUGUGUGUCAGGCAUAAACUUGAGAAGAGAUUCAUCCUCACCGCGUGCGGAUUUUUGUUGGUGGGUAUUGGCUCCUGGUUGUUCCACAUGACUCUACAGUACGAGUACCAGUUGCUAGACGAGUUGCCAAUGCUCUACGCCACAUGUAUUCCGUUUUGGAGUGCAUUCUCUGAAUUUAAAGAUAAGAGAGGCUCGUUUAUGGUUGGAACUUACCUUUUCAUCACCGUGGGUGUGCUUACGUGCGUGUAUCUUUGGUUCCAGGACCCUACUAUUCAUCAGGUCGUAUACGCAUUUUUGAAUGUGGGCAUCAUUCUUCGGUCCGUAGUAUUGUCUCGGAAGUUUGUCACUGACCCCAAAUCCUCUCGGGAGCUCAAUACGAUUAUGAUUCUUGGUGUGACCACUUUUUUGUUUGGUUAUCUUUUGUGGAAUUUGGAUGUUCACUUUUGUGACUUCGUACGGUCCACUCGCAGAGACUGGGGAAUGCCAUAUGGCUUUAUUUUAGAAGGUCAUGGAUGGUGGCAUUUACUCACGGGACUUGGCGUGUACUUCUACUUGGUAUACAUUGAGGCUCUUAGAUGUUGGCUCACUGGAAAGGACAAAUUCUACACCUUAAAGUGGACCUACUCAUUGUUGCCGGUUCUACACCUUACAGACCCCAAGGGUUUGGAAGAAUUCAACAGAAAUACCAAGAAAAAUGUCUAA